AGGAUGGUGGGCGGGCUACCGGUUAAGAGGCUGCGUGGGACCGUUGGGCAAGUGUACCAGGGGAAAUAUAUCGACCGGUUUCCUGAGCUCCCCACAGCUGGAAAGUUGAUACCAAUUGGAGAAACAGCUGCCUCUUGUCUUACUGAAAUCCUACCCAAACCAAUUACGCCACCUGUUGUACAAAAGUUUCGAAACACCAGCAAUCCUCCUACAGGUAAAGAAAGAGUAUUUUAUGGCCGAGCAAAUGAUCCUGAUAUUGCAUCAUAUUUGACUCAUGGAAUAACAACCGUCCUUUCAGAGAAUGCAUCACCAUUAAUAAAUCCACCUCCUAAAACAUGUUUCCAACAAAAAAUUAAAGAAAAGAAAGAAUCUGUCUACUUAAGUAGCUGUCAGGCUCCUCUUGGGAAAUCUCAUGAUCAGUCCCUACGAUUGCCUAAAGGAUUUGAUGUGAAUAAUACUCGAUUUGGAACAAAAGUAAAAAAAGAGAUUUCUGCUGCAGACAUUGUAAAUCCCCAAAAGACAUUUGAUGAAGUCCAAAAGGAAGCACAGGAGGGACAUGACUUAUAUGUUACAACACACAAUGAUUAUUUUGUUGGAGAGGCAGUGAAUAGAAAAUAUAAUCCAUCCACAUUCAACAGAUUUAAUCUUUAUGGUAAAGAAACUCCACAUUUUAAUGAUGGCCGGAAUAUUGGUAGAACUUUACAUUGGUUACAUGAUCUGCAGAUGAAGAAAUCAGCAAAAAUUGUGUCUAAAAUAAGUGAUGAUUUCAAGGAAAAGUUUCAGCCUCAGGUUGGAAAAGUUCAUGAUCCCAUAGCAGAUACGCUUAAUGUUCCUCCAGACCACACAUUCGGAAUACUUAUUCAGCCUGAAGAAUAUGGUGUUGGGGACCUUCUUCAUAAUCGACUUCCAAGUGAAUAUCUUAAGACUAAAGACAGAGAACGUGCUGUUUUUACUGCACUUCGACAAAAUUUGAAAAAGGCAAAUUACCACAACUUUGAUACUUUAUUGCAUGCAUUUCGCCAUUAUGAUAAGGAUGGUGAUCGAAAAAUAAGCAGAGAGGAUUUGAAAAAGGCAUGCUUUCAGCUUAACUUGGACUUGGAUGAUGAACUUUUGGAUUCUUUAUUUAAUUACUGUGAUUUGGAUAAAGAUGGUUUUAUAAACUAUUUGGAGUUUGUAAAUUUUCUUAACUGGAAAGACAAAAUGGCUAUUCAAGAGUUUGAAGAAAAAAUAAUAACAAAAGGGAAAAAAACAGCUCCUUUUGAUCUUAUUCCAGCAUAUGAUUCAGAAAUUAAAGCUAAUGAAAAUGCUCUGCUAAAGCAGGAUGAUAUUGUACACAUGGAACCAGGAAGUUUAGAAAAAACAGCUAGAACACUGUCAAGACCAAAUGAUCGUGUAUUUUCUGAUUAUCGCACAACCUCUUCUCAAUAUAAUGCCAUUGUAGGUGGUAUUCCCACAUCAUUUUACCCCUUAUAUGGUAUUCCAACCAUUCGUUCAGAUAUUCCGGCUCCUCGUUUUCGUCGUAUCAGCGACACCACUAAUUAUGGGGAUCAAGCAACUAUGUAUGCACUGUUAUACCCCUCUAUCCAUAAUAAAAAAGGAGUGUAUGAGAAAGACUUCUUCAGGAUAAGAUCAAAGGAAGAGAUUUCAGACAUUUUGCGCAACAUUGGUGUGAAACUUUCAGAUGAAAGCUUUGAUGAAGUAUGGAGGCAGGCCUGCCUGAAAGAUCAUAGAGGAAAAGUUUGUGUAGAAUCCAUCAGAAAUGUACUAGAUGAGAUGCAGGCAUUACACUUGACCAGCUGAUAAAGACUUUCUUUUGAAUUAUGUGAUAUUUAUGGUUUGAAUAUUUUCUUACUGCAGUGAAUUUUCCUGUUAUGACAUGGUUUUGAGACAGUCUGUGCAUAUUAAAUUGAAUUUCAUUUUAUUUUUAAAAAGUAUUAAACAGCCAGAAAAAAGAAAUGUGUACUAUGUAUUAUGGGACCCAAAACAGUAUCAGAUACCCAUUGUUUAAAAAAAAUAUACUAGAAUAUGGUAGAAAAUUUGUCAGAAUAAUCAUUAGGCAAAAACUGUUAAUUUCAGAACUAUUAUAAAUGUUCUAUCUUACUCAACAAAUAUGCUGCUUUUAUGAAUGAUGUCUGCAUAUAUUCAUUGAUAGGCCUAUACACAAAAUCAAAUGACAUUGGUCAUAGUUGUUUCUUUGUUAUUAAGUGAUGUGAACCUACUGUACAAUUUACUAGGCUAGUCAUGAAUUCUUCUUGCAUGAAAUUUCUAUCUUCUCCUGUGUGUGUGUGUGUGUGUGUGUGUGUGUGUGUGUGUGUGUGAAAGUAUAUAUUGAAAGUAUAUCAGAAUAGCCCAAUGCAUCAUUCCAUUAUAAAGAAUAAACAGGUUCAAAUUGCCCAAGCUUAUGCACCAAAAAUAAGCUAUAGUGAUGAUGAGGUUGAAGAGUUUUUAUGAUGAUGUGGCCCUCCUUCAAGACAAAAAUGCCAAUACAAAAUAUUAAUGGAUAACUUUAAUGCAAGAAUAGGAAGGACAAUACCUGGAAAAAAGUGACUGGCCCAAAAGUGGUGAAUGAGAUUAUAGAGGUGACAGACUAGUAGAUUUUGCUGAUGAUUAGUAACUUUAUAUCAUAAACUCAUAAGAAAAAAUCUAGCAGAAAAUGGACAUGGAAGAGUCUAUCUGUGUAUACAAGUGAAACUAACUACAUCAUGUCAAGUGAUAAAACCAUAUUCUACAAUUGAACUGUCAUUUAUCAUUUUAACAUUGGAAGUAACCCUAGAAUUGUAUGAGCUAAAGUGAAGAUAGAUUGUUGAAAAGAGCAUAUGAAAAUGAUACUUCACAAAAAACAAAAAUAGUAAUAAGCUGUUAGAGUAGACCAGCGAUUUUUAGAUUAAUCUAUCAAAUUACUUUGCUCUACUGCAAGAUUUGGAAGAGAUGAACAUUACAGACCAAAAUGAACAAAUAAUCAAAAACAUCCUUGAAUCUGCUACCUCUAUAGCAUUGCUGGAAAAACCUUCAUACAAUCAAAAACCUCUGAUGAAACUAAUGUUUUAAUGAAAAAACAAUAGACAGGAAUACCAGAAGUUUCACUAAUAAACUGGAGUAUGUUGCGCUUGCAAGACCAUAAGUAAACGUAUCCAAGACGAUAUGUGUCAGUUUAAUGUGAAACUUUUGAAAAAGGAAAUUGAAGAAAACAAAAGAGUUAAUAGAGCAAAAUAAGGUUUUUCAAUAAAAUGUGAACAUGGCUUUGCAUAUAAAACAAGACAGGAAAAGUUGGAAAUAAUUGGAAAAUUCUAUUUAGAG